AUGGCCUCAGUCUCAGCCCUCAUCGACCUCAAUGCGACCUUCGGCGCCCUCUUCAUCGGCUUCGGCGUCUCCAGCGUCGCCUUCGGGAUCCUCAGCAUGCAGAUGUACUCCUACUUUCGACGCUAUCCCUCGGACGUGUGGUGGUACAAACAGAUCGUCGGGUUGAUCUGGGUUUUGGAGCUUGUUGAUCAAGCACUCAUUGGGCACGCUGCUUAUUUCUAUGUUGUUUCUAAUUGGGGCACACUGCGCGUCCUCCUCGAACCCCCAAUCUGGUCGUUAAUUGUGGGCUUGUCUGAUUUUUGCUCGUAUGACACGACGCUCAAUGCUUCGCUUAUUUUGCACCAGUCUCAAGUCGCUAUUGGGGCAACCGUCGGAUGCAUUGUAAAAAUAUGCUACGGAAUGCGUGUGUACAGGUUCAGCAGACAUAACGUCCCGGUGACGACGCUCAUUAUGUUGGGGGCGCUAGCACAACUCGCCGCAGCGUUCUACUUUACCAUUCAAGGUUUCUCUGUCCCAUCUUUGGCGCAAGUGGGUGACCUGAAGACCGUCGGUACCAUCUCGCUCAGUAUCGGCAUGGGCACCGAUGUGAUCACGUCUGUGGCCCUUGCUUGGUUCUUGCGCAACCUGAAGACUGGGCACAAGAAGUCGAGACGACGGGAUGAUAACAGACUCAUCAUCUAUGGUAUCAAUACUGGUUCAAUUUCAAGCGUCUUGAGUCUGUGUACCCUGGUGCUGUAUAACGUGAUGCCGACGAACUUCAUCUUCGCGUUGUUUUACUUCAUUCUGAGCAAAGUGUACGCCAACUCGUUCUACGCCGCGUUAAAUACCCGCCGGUCCGUUCGUGGUCGCGGGACGGAGAACGAGAAGACAACGGUACCCACCUUCCUUAUGGUCGGAAACACGGCGACACUCAAGAGCCAACAUAACGUCCCGGCUAUGAGCUACGCUGCGACCACGCCAUCUGCCUCGCAUGGCGGUCUAUCGCCUGGUGGACUUUCUCCCAAAGUCGAGCAUCAAGACCUCAGGAACAUGAUGCCGCACGUUCACUACCAGAACAACUCAGUGUUCGACAGUAACGCCUACGCUGCGAGGCAAGACCGUUUCCGUGAGGACUUUGUUGCCCAAGAUCUGCAUAGCAAGCAGUGGGUGUAG